AUGCACACUGCCGAGUUUCUAGACGUAAACUCCACGCAGAUCAGCUCAAUUUUGGCUGGUGGCUAUAACCACCCUCUACUUAGAGAAUGGCAGAACGAACGUCAAUUGACUAAGAACAUGCUGAUCUUCCCGCUGUUCAUCUCGGACGAUCCAGACGAAGAGCAGGCUAUCCAGUCCCUUCCCAAUAUUAAGAGAUUUGGUGUCAAUAAGUUGGCGCAGUAUUUGAGACCUCUGGUGGCAAAGGGUCUCAGGGCUGUCAUUUUGUUCGGAGUGCCUUUGAAAGAAGAUACCAAAGAUCCCGUGGGCACGUCUGCAGACGACGAACAAGGUCCAGUCAUCCAGGGUAUCAAGCUGUUGAGACGUGAGUUUCCAGAUCUUUACAUUAUGUGCGACGUGUGUUUAUGUGAAUAUACCUCUCAUGGUCAUUGCGGGGUGUUGUAUGAGGACGGCAGCAUUAACCGAGAACAGUCGGUUCGUAGGAUUGCAGCGGUUGCAGUAAACUACGCAAAAGCAGGUGCUCACUCCGUUGCUCCCAGUGACAUGAUCGAUGGUCGUAUCAGAGACAUCAAACUGGGGCUGAUCAACGCGGGUUUGGCACACCAAACGUUUGUGAUGAGUUACGCUGCUAAGUUCAGUGGAAAUCUAUAUGGCCCUUUCCGUGACGCCGCCUGCUCUGCACCUUCCGACGGCGAUCGCAGAAACUACCAACUGCCCUCUGGAGGCCGAGGAUUGGCCCGUCGAGCCUUGAAAAGGGACUUGGAGGAAGGAUGUGAUGGUAUUUUGGUCAAGCCCUCGACUUUUUACUUGGACAUCAUGGCUGAUGCUGCCGAGAUUGCUCGCGAUGUGCCCGUCUGCGCGUAUCACGUUUCCGGUGAAUAUGCCAUGCUGCACGCAGCAGCUGAAAAGGGCGUCGUUGAUUUCAAGACGAUUGCCUUCGAAUCGCACCAAGGCUUCUUGAGAGCUGGAGCCAGGCUCAUCAUUUCAUACUUGACGCCAGAAUUUUUGGAUUGGUUAAGCCAAUGA